GUCAAUCGGGCGCCUCUCCCGUUUCCAUUUCGGGAUCCACAGCCACCGCUGGCGGAAUGGCCUCCCAUCCGCAUGUGAAUCUGCUGCACGCGGCCGAGCCGCAUUACUACAAUGCCCAGGGAGCCGUCUACUACACCAGCUACCACGGCUCCCCGCACGACCUGAGCUACGCCAGCUCCGCGGACGUCUCGCUGAACGCCUCGUGGGUGAACGCCAGCGGGCACAGCCCCCACACGCCCUACUACUCGGCGGCACAGAUCUACAUGCGCCCCAAGGGCGGCAGCACCACGCCCACUCCCAGCUGCAGCGGCAGCACGGGCAGCGGCAGCGGCAGUGGCAGCGGCAGCUGCAAGAAGGUUCCGCCGGAGGUGCCCAAGCGCACCUCUUCGAUCACGGCACAGCAGCAGAGCCAACGCUGCUGCGGACCAACGGGCUCUGCAAGACGGCGGAGAACGGCAGCUGACCUCCGUCCAGAGUUCCGGCUCAGACUCGAGCGUCACCUCGGCGGAGCGGAACAUGAACAGCGACCUCGGAUCGGACCGCAGCAACUCCCCCACACGUGGAAGCGUGGCACGGCCCUGAACAGCUCCCAGCAGUUCUCCACGCACUCGGCCGACUCGGUAUCGGUUCGGUGCCCAGCGGAGGUGGAGGUGGAGCCGUUGUGGUCUCCGGAGCAGCCAUAG